CAGAUGGACUCCCCUGCCUCCACACCAGCCCCUCCACCCCUUCAUCUUCUGCCUCCAGUCAAUAGUGGAGUUGCGUCCCCCGUGGAGCAGAUCAUGGUCCGGACCCGCUCAAUUGCAGUCAAUACCUGCGAUGUUGGACUCGCAACAGAGCCUGAAUGCCUAGGCCCCUGUGAGCCAGGGACAAGUGUCAAUCUCGAAGGGAUUGUCUGGCAGGAAACAGAAGAUGGUGUCCUGGUGGUGAAUGUGACCUGGCGAAACAAAACUUAUGUUGGAACACUUCUGGACUGUACAAGACAUGACUGGGCACCCCCAAGGUUUUGUGAAUCACCUACGAGUGACCUCGAAAUGAGAGGGAACAAUCGAGGUAGGGGGAAGCGAACACGCCCCACUACAAAUACUCCAGUGAUUGAGACCACCACUGUGCCAGACAGCAAGGUUGUCACCAAAACCCGGGCAUGCACAAGUAGCAAGGGGCGUCGGGGCAGCCAGAACUCCUCUGACAGACGCACCCCAACAAACACAGUUGAAGAUAUCAAGGCAAGCCCUUCAGCAGGAAACAAACGGAAAAACAAACCCGCUCCAGACUUGGACUUAACCUCGAGUUCUGAGGACUCAAAAGGAGGGAAGAGAAUGCGUUCAAACUCACGGGGAACCGCCACCCCGACUCCAGUUACAGGGAUGAAAACUGAGCCGCCUGUGCCCGAACAUAAUUGUCCGUCACCUGUUCUCAUUGAUUGUCCGCACCCCAACUGCAACAAGAAAUACAAACACAUUAAUGGCCUGCGGUACCACCAGGCCCACGCGCAUACAGACAGUGACGGGAAACUUGAGGGAGACAUUGACAGCGAGGAGAAGAACUCAGACGGUGAGGACUGCGCCCAACACCCAUCGCUGAGCCAGGAUUCUAGCAGCUGCAAUGGCUCUUCCAGCUCUCUCACAUUCUGCCAGGCAAAGGGCUCCAUGUCCCCUGCUCGCUCGGUCACACCCAAAGGCAGGAGAGAAGGCAGCAUGGAAGCUCAUAGUCCUUCACCUGCUGCAAAGCUCAUUGCUGGUAAGGGUUCGAGUAAAAAGAAAGUCUCUCCAGAGGCUGACACAGAGCCUGGUGGGAUGUAUAAUAUUGAGUGUUCAGAAGAAGGGCCUCCAGUGGCCAGCCCAAGUGAUGAUACAGGCAAUGAUGGAGACGAUUCGAGCGAAAAGAAGUUGGUCUUGGAAAAGGAUAAAGCCAAGAAGUCAAGCAGCUUGAAAUCCGAAAAGCUUCCACUCAAAACCAAAUCAGCCAGGCCCAUUGUCCCUGCCAUGUCUGCACAGAUGUACAGCUUCCCCACUACUGGUUUUACUGCAUCUGGUCCAGGGCCUGCUCCAAGUCUGGCCACCACUGUGGUCCAAGCGAUGUCCAAGAGCCCCCCACUCAAAGCCAUUCAACCCAAGCCAACUGUCAUGGGGGAGCCAUCGACAGUCAACCCAGCCCUCACCCCCUUAAAAGAGAAGAAGAAAAAGGAAAAGAAAAAGAAGGAUGCCAAGGAAGCAGCGAGUCCCAAGCCACUGGGGAAAGGAGGAAAGCCUGAGGAUGGCAAAAGCCCCUUCCGAGAUUCUUCUGCAGAUGCUGUUCCCAAAGGUGAGGGCCUCUUAAAUGGUUCAUCUGAGUCACAUGAGAGUCGCUUGGCAAGUAUCAAAGCCGAAGCAGACAAAAUCUACAGCUUCACUGACAAUGCGCCGAGUCCCUCCAUUGGCACAGCCAGCAGGCUAGAAGGCACCAGCUUGGUAACACCUAUCACACCCUUACACGUGGUGACGCAGAACGGAGCCGACAGCUCUUCAGUCAAGACCAAUAGCCCAGCUUACUCUGAUAUCUCUGAUGCAGGAGAAGAUGGAGAGGGGAAGGGAGAAGGCGCCAAAGUCAAAACAUCAUCUCCGGAUCAAAUGGCUAAGGAAAGUGCCAAGAAAGCAUUAUUUUCCUCCUCAUCGUCAACCUCCUCUUCCUCCUCAUCCUCUUCUUCAAGAACUCAGCCACCUUUGAAUAAGGAAACUCACUCUCCUUACUAUCAGGGUUAUGACACCUAUUACUCUCCAAACUACCCCCACUCGAGCCCUGGGGGUGCCAGUAGUAGUUCGGGAGCAGUCAGUCAUUCAGUCAAAAUCAAGAAGGAAGUAGAGGAGGAGGGUGCAGAGGUGAGGGUCAAAGUUGAAAGUGCUGACGAUAAAAAGAUUGACAUGAGCAGUACAGGUCACCAUCCUUCAGUGAUCCAGCAAAGGCCUCAAAUGUACAUGCAGCCUCUCUAUUAUGGCCAGUAUGCGUAUAUGCCCCAGUAUGGGUACAGUGAGCAGGGAUACCACAGUCACGUAAUGAGCACAAACCCAGCGUACAGGCAGCAAUAUGAAAAGCUGUGUGAGGAACAACACAAGCAGAGACAAGAGCAGAAUCGUGGGAAACACAACACCAAUGACACUGAGAAGAAACAAGAGCAUAGCAUUAAAGAUCGAGACAGAGAGGAAUGGAAACAGAAGUCUUCUGCCUCAGCCACACUGUCAAAGGCUCCUAGCUUGACAGACCUUGCAAAGCCGGUGCCCAACAAGCCCAAGGACUCCACAGACUCCAUGAAAUAUGCCGUUAUGGCAAAAGCAGACGAUAUCUCCAAGAUUCAAUCCCAGCAAGCUGAGGGACUAAAGAUGAAAUUGACUGAGGGGAGCCACCUUGGCAGGGAAUUAUGUGAAACAAAACCCAGUCUAGAGUCAAGCAAACACUCAGGAAUGGAUCCAACGCUAUGGUACAGGCAGGAAUCUGAGAGCAGGCUGUGGUCUUACGUCUAUCCGAACAAGUACUCAGAGCAGCAAAAAGCAGAAGAGGAAAGGUGGAAGGAAGUGGAGCGGGACCGGAAAUUCAAAGAAGAAAGCUCUUCACGGCUAAGAAGCAAAGAGAUAGCAGUUAAAGAGGAGAGCAAAGACAGCAUGUGCUUGGAAUCCCGUUCGACCUCUCUGGAAGAGUGCCGAUCUAUUGGGAAAGAUCCCAGGUCAGGACUUCACAUUCCUGUGUCCUCCUCGAUGGUUCAACACCCAUCUUACAUGCCAUACGUCCAUGGCUAUCCAUAUGGGAAGCCAUAUGAAACUCCACACCCGGGAUUUCGAGGAGUGACACCAAUGAUGAUGCAGAACUAUCCAGGGUCGUAUUUGUCCUCUGGAUUCUCUUUCUCACCUUAUGCCAAUAAGGUUCCAGGGCAUGAAGACAGCGAUCGAGCUCGUGGGAGCCCUGGUGUAGGCAGCAAGCCGAGCUCUGAAUCCAUGGCCCUUGAUAUCCUGCAGCAGCAUGCCAGUCAGUACAAGAGCAGGUCACCAACAACAAGUGAUAAACCUCCUCAUGAAAGAGAACGAGGAGAGCGAGAGAUCGAUAAAGAACGGCCCCGUUCUUCACCAUCCCAGCGACAGAUCACCUCACAUCAUCACCUCGGGAUGGGUUACCCGUUGCUCCCAGGGCAGUAUGACCUACCGUAUGCAACAGGUCUAUCCUCACCAGCCAUUGUUACAAGCCAACAGGCUGCUGCACAGGCCUCAGUGUCGACCCUGUUCCCACCAGCCAGAAGGUGAGAAUGGAUCUGAAGGGAUGCAAUCACUUCAUUCAAAAUCAUGUGACUGGAUCACAUGAGGACGGUCUCCAUUUUCUUAAACAUCAGUUCAAUGGUGUUCCUGGUUACUGCCAUGAAGUUGGGCAGACUAUUGUAAUGUUUCUCCUGUAGGACUGUAGAGACCUUGGUAAUGGAGUUCUGAUGCCUAUCAUAUGCAUUCUAGUGGUCAAGAGCAAGAGGGGUGACAGGCCUGCCUGUCUCACUGUGUAGAUAUAUUGUAGAAUGCACUCUUAUCUGACUCGCCACUCCUGCCAGUUUUUUAAGAUUGACUGCAUCAAUGCUGUUGUUGAGUUCACUGCUUUUUGAGGGUUGAAGGGUAUGGUAAAACUGGCCUCUAGGGCAAUUCUGACCCUUGCGCACUCUUGAAUGACCUGGCCUGGAUUGGAAGUUGUUGUUUUGCAAGUGACUCAAUCAUUACUGACAUUGUGAACUAAUUGUGAAACUUUAUUUUAAAUGAACAAUGAAUAAGAUUCGGGAAUAUUGGUGCUAUUACUCUGCCUUCUUGUUCCGUGCUGCCCUGUUCAGUACACCUUUUAAUUGAGAAGGAAGCCCAGGAGCCUUAACCCCUUGGGCCCUUGCCCUCCCAACUCCAGACAAUGUUUUGUGUGGCAGGGGACAGAUUCUGCCAGCUCUUGAGGUCCAGGGGCAGCACUGUCCCCUCCUCCAUUGCAGCACAAGACAGAAGGAGAGUGACUCUUCUCCAGUGUGAGCACAGCUGCUCCUUCAUUCCAAGGCAGAGACAGUCUCAUCCUGGUUAGAUUUGACAUCCAUCUGAAGUAGAAAUGACAUUUGAUUAGCUCCUUGGAACUUCUGGUCACUUUAAAAGUCUGCCUGGAGUUGAUUCAAAUGUUGAGGCAAAGCAAACACAGCUGUCCAAGUUCUGUCUACACUUAAUCUUUUCUUGUAUUCCUCAAAGUGAGAAGUUGUUUUGGGCUGGGGAGUGGAAACUUCCCCUUUUUCAGGCAACUGAUAUAGUCAGCUGUGCAACAGCCAACAGCAAAGCUUCUCCAUUUUCAGUUCUGCUCCAACCCUAGAGGAGCAUGCAGCCCCUACCACCAGAAUGGCACUUUCUCCCAUUAGCCGUCAGCAGCGUCCAUUGGUCUCUCUGCCAUUACUGCCACAUACUGGAAUCUGAGUGGUUUUGAGCAGUCAGCCUUGUCUAACUGAUGUGUGAUUGAGACUGGCCAACCUCAUUGCUCAUGGAAAGUAACUGGAGGAGGGUUCCAGCUGGCUGAGGUCUGGAUUGCUGACCAUUCCGUCAAACUGAAAGGUCCUGAAGCACGUCUGCUAAUGGUACAUCACUGCUAAUGGUAAUUCUACAUUCUCUAAAUAUAUAUUGUGUACUACGACCAGCUAUCGAAUCCAUAUUAGAGGGAUUAGCAGAUAACAUUUAGAAUCAAACUGUGGAAAUGGAAACUGUUCAACUAGACAGGUUUCUGGUUGGGAGCUGUAGUAUAAAUGAGGCUUCCAUAUCCCUCCGCACUAGGGCACUGCGUCAGUUUCUCCUCGCAACAAUUGAAAGGUGUUGGGGUACAAUUCAGAACGCGUCUGGGGAAGCACAGCAUUGAGGUCAUUCCAAUCACCUUUAAAACUAAGGCUUAAAGAUGAUUCUGCCAGUUUCACCCGAUGGUUAUUUUUUUUUUGUUUGGAGACUUUGUAUUGAGUGUUAGUGUGUCAGAACACAGAUUUUACCUUUAAUUAAUCAGUCCCAGAUCUGCAGCAAGAAUUAGCAGCCUGAACCCUUGGGAAAUGUAAAUAGCAUCUUUUAUAAAGCUGGGGCAACAAGCGCAAAUGAUGUCAAGGCACUUACUGUAUGUAAGAUUCACACAAAGCAUACAUAUCAGUUCAUUUUCCCUUCCAGGAAGCAGUUUUCAGCCAUUCUGUAUAUAAAUCCCUUCAACUCCUCGAUUGGAAUCUAGCGUGACGCAUACUCAGUGUUCUGUGGUCCUUUGACAACUUCAGGCGCGUUUGAAAUCUGAAAGAUGUUUCCUCUGUUCAGACUGUGGUUGUCGUGUAAGACAUGCACAAGCACAAAUACAGAAACGCAUACAGAUAACAUGCACAAAUCCUGCACGCACAUACCUGCCCCAAAUCUAAUGACAAUGUGAGAAGUUGUAGAUUAGACCAUCCCAGUGGGUGAGGGCCAAUGGUCUGAUUAACCAGCCUGCAAAAAACACACUAAUGUUUUGCAACUAGGUCUCAACCUUACCUGCCUUUGCAGAGCUUGCUAGAGACACCCAGGGUAGAUCCUCAUCACUGCACCAACUAUUUCUUCACUUUAACAACCUGUAUUUGCUGUUAGAAUAUUGGGCACAGAUUUCUUAAUUGUCUAGCUUCUGAAUUCUUAAAGCUGUUCUCAAGCUUGAGGUUAUAGUUUAAUGGGAAUAAUGUUUUGGCAAUUAUUGCACCUUUCAACCAAAAUACCUGGCACAGAUUAUUGCUGCUCUGUCUUCUGUGAAUAAUAGAGUUGGGGUGAGGGCACGGUAACCCUAGCAUGAAAUAAUUAAGAGAUAACACAGUGUUUGGGCGACCUUUGAUCAGUGCGGGCUCUGUGUUGGUGUUUGAAUCCUAUGCCUGAGAAAGCAGUGACCUCCCAUCAGCUGAUAGGCUGUACCCCUCUGCUCACUACAUCUCGCACUGCUACCUUGGAGUAGCACCUGUCGUUUGGCUGUGAGGAGGGGGCUAACCUUUUAAUUAUGGUUUCCAAAUAAACAAGAAUUAAGUUUUGGAGGCAGAGUUUAUUGUUAAAAUGCUGGCAAAUGUUUCAGUAUUGGGGUUCCAUUUUCUCAUUCACUCAGCAAAGUAAUGGGAAGUGAGUUUGUCUUCAAAAGGAGUGCCCCAGUCCUUGCAGGACUCUGUUUGGAUUGGCUCAAGUCAGGAUAUAAUAAACCCUGCCAAGGUGUCACAGUGCACCUAAAGGGAUGUCACAAUCUAAUCUGCUUCAUCACCUUGUAAUAGAGAGUUAGAAUGGUCAACAAAGGUCUUUUAAAAAAAUACUGUUACGCUGUAAAAAAAAAAGCAACAUGUUUUUACUGUUAUUGGAUGGGUUCUUGAUGUUUCUCCCUCUCUCUUUGUGUCAUCGAUUUUAUGCAUUCUCGCAGCCAUUUGUUUUCAGGGUCCUAUGAGGCAUCCUCUCUCCCCCUCUGUUUCCAGAGUUCAUUUUCACCCUCCUGUCUACUCAGUGUGUAAUGUAACCACCUCGUUACUGCUGCCCGGUGCUGUUUGCUGUAAAUAUUGUACAGAGAAACUAUUGUAAAAUGUUCUUUUUAAAGAAAAGUCCUAGAUUUUGAUUUCCAGAGUUUUUUUGUUGGUGAAGUUGUUUCCAAAAUCCUAAUUAUGUGAUCUUUUAUCAUCUUGAACCCUGCUGUUAGGUGCUGGUGAAUUCUACGGUGUUAGUGGGCCCCACAGAAUCCUUCCUCUUCAAAAUGUGGAGUUUGUUUUAAUACUGAUGUAUGAUUUGCUUCCCAUUGCAAAAGCCUCCACUGUGCCUGACUGCACCUUCCUCAUUCUGACUGUACAAAAUAACCAGUGUCUUUUACACUUUUUCAGUGGACAGAAUUCCCAACUAGUUCCUGAUCCUGAUCCCCGUGCCAAGUAUCAGCCUGUUGCAUCAAGUCUUUUCCACUGCACUUAUUGUGAAGCUCUGGUUCCGAAAA